GAGUCAAUCAGAUCUCCUCUAACGAGGAAACAGGGAAACGGAAAGAGACAGAAGGAGAGAAUCAAGGGUUGCUCCCAGGACUUUAACCUUUGAUCUCCUGAGAUUUGGGGAUCGAAUCGAAUUGAGUUCACAAUCAUUGCCCUCGAUUGCCAGUAAAAUUCGCAGUUUUGGUGCCAACCGGUUGAGACAUUGACGCAGCACCGAAUCCACACUGCAUCGCAACUCCGAAGCUAUUUUGGAUCAUUCCAUGUGAUGUCGAAGAAGCAUGCUCAGAGCUUUUGUCUGCUGUCAGCAUCAACCUGCAUACCUUCGUAGGCCUCUGGCAUGGCCAGGAGAUCCCCCCAUCCCCCUGCGGUCAAGAGGAAGCUCCACCACAGCCCUGUCCUGGCCCUUCUCAUUCUCCUGCUCCCUGCCCUCCUCGUCGUGAUCGUCUGCCACCGCCAGCAGAUAUCCUACUUCCUCCGCCCCAUAUGGGACACCCCGCCGCGCCCGUUCGUCCGCCUUCCGCACUACUACGCGCAGGACUUGCCGAUGGAUCACCUCUGCCGCCUCCACGGCUGGAGCCUCCUGCCCGCUCCUCGCCGCGUCUUCGACGCCAUCCUCUUCAGCAAUGAGCUCGACAUACUCGAGAUCCGGUACCGCGAGCUCGCUCCUUAUGUGCACAAGUUCGUGAUCCUCGAGUCGAACAUCACCUUCACGGGCAUCGCCAAGCCACUCUAUUUCGUCGAGAACUAUGGCCGGUUCGAGCUCCUGAGCUCGAAGAUAGUUCACGGAAUCUUCUCAGGCCAGGCCGAUCGCACGCCCGGCCGAGAUCCUUUCCAGCUCGAGUUCAAGCAGCGGGUAGCCCUGAACUCCCUCCUCCGCGUGUCAGGCAUCGCCCCUGGGGACGUCGUCAUCAUGUCCGACGCGGAUGAGAUCCCAAGCACUGAGACGAUCAAGCUCCUGCAGUGGUGCGAUGGCGUGCCGCCGGUGAUGCACCUGGAGCUGAGGCACUACAUGUACUCCUUCGAGUUUCCAGUGGACUAUAGCAGUUGGCGAGCCACGGCGCACAUGUUCCACCCGGGGACACGGUAUCGGCAUUCGAGGCAGACGGACCUGAUACUGGCGGACGCAGGCUGGCACUGCAGCUUCUGCUUCAGAACGAUGGAGGAGUUUGUGUUCAAGAUGACGGCGUACAGCCAUGCGGAUCGCGUGCGGCGAUCGAGCUUUUUGGAUAACUCGAGAAUUCAGAAAAUUAUCUGCGAAGGCAAAGAUCUGUUCGACAUGUUGCCCGAGGAGUAUAGCUUCCAGGAGCUGAUCAAGAAGAUGGGUCCAAUACCAAGAUCAGCUUCAGCAGUGCAUCUUCCGUCAUACCUGCUGGAGAAUGCUGAUAAGUUCAGAUUCCUGCUGCCCGGAGGAUGUUCAAGGUCAAAAUAGAUGCUUGAUUCUUGAUCCUGUCCCCAGAUUAGAGGAGAAAGAUCUUUGAGAGAAGUUGAGUUUGUCUUACUCGAUAAACAUGUCAUGAUCUCCAGAAAAUUGAUAUCCAGUAUGAACUCGGCACACAAGCAUUUUUCCUCGGGGAGACAUUUCAAGAAUCUGCAUCCAUAUCACAGAACAUAGGUAGUACCAUCAAUGGCAGCUUUCAACCACCAUCUGCAGAGCCACAUAUGCUUCAGUUGUUGAUCAUCCUUGCUGAAAAAACUGGAAAACAAUGAGAGCAAUUUGUUUGUAGAUGAGAAGUUGGUAGUUCUAGUGUUUUCAUGACUUGACAUCUCAAAUCUAAUUUUAUAUGCACAAUCAGAAAGAAUGACAAUAGUCAAAGUUCAAAGA